AUGGCAAAAUCACGAACAGGGACAUGGACACGCGUCAAGCCUCGGUUGGCUUUCAAUGCCUAUAAAUCACCCAUGCCGUCCAUGCCAUCUGUGCACAAGCGUUCCCCAGCUUGCACUGGAGAUCGAACAGAUAGAGAUUGGAGUGAGAUCAAGCGCCCAUCUGGACUGGUGGCGACCAUGAGGUCCAGCCUCUUCUCGCUAUGUUUCCACCUAGCCCUAGCCAUUACACUGGCUGCAAAUGUUCCUAGCCCUGCUCAUAGUAGGGUAUUCGCCCUAAAGACGCAACCCAAACCAACGCCACAACCUGAACCAAAGCCUGCACCGCAACCAGACCCAAAGCCAGAACCCAAGCCGACACCGCAGUCUGAUCCAAAACCAGCACCACAACCAGACCCAAAGCCAGAACCUAAGCCGUCGCCACAGCCUGAACCAAAACCCACACCACAACCAGAUCCGAAGCCAGAACCUAAACCGGAACCGAAACCUGCACCACAACCAGACCCAAAGCCAGAACCCAAACCGACACCGCAACCAGAACCAAAACCCACACCACAACCAGACCCAAAACCAGAACCCAAACCUACACCGCAGCCAGAUCCAAAACCAACACCACAGCCACCCUCCCCACGACCUGAACCAAAGCCCGAGCCUGAGCCAAUCCCCAAACCUACGCCGGGAACUAAACCUCAGCCAGAUCCUCAACCAAGCCCAAAACCCCAACCUGAACCAGAGCCCCAGCCAAGGCCCAAACCUACACCAGAGCCAAAACCCCAACCAGAACCAUCCAAGCCAGAGCCACCAUCUCUUUCACCACCCAUUGGCACGGGCGUCAUGGAAGGGAACUAA